CAAGGACGAGGACGAGGACGCAACACCGAACAGCAUCGGAGCGGCAUCGGAGCGACGGUGGAAGCUUUUGGAAGGUGACCAAGGUUCCCACGCUCAUUAUACUCACAAUUUCAUUCUCUCUCCCCCUCGCCCUCUCUCUCUCUCUCUCUCUCUCUCUCGCUUUCACUCACUCUAACACACCCUCACACACACUCUCUCUCUCACCCGCAUUAAGACGCAAUUGACCAUGGGCAAGGAUAAGGAAAGACGGAAGCUUCCACCGCGCACCCCGUCUCACCCCCCGUCGCACCCCCCGUCGCGCACUCCGUCGCGCACCGCCCCCCUCCCAAGUCGCAGCCAGAGCGCCGCGCGCUUCUCCCCUUACGUGAGCAGGGAUAUCAAGCCCACCCCAGCCCAGCUGGCUGCGGCUGAAUCCCGAGUGACGCCCGCGAGGGCGAUCUCACGAGCAACCUCGCGCGCAACCUCGCGCGCAACCUCGCGUGUCUCUCUGACGCCGGCCGCGUCUGAGGCUACGCGAUAUUGCACGCCGCUCUCUUAUCGCCCGAUCGUCCGACGCGCCGCGGACUUAAACCGCACGAUGACCAACGGACCUGUUGCGUUCCCGGCCGCCCUGGGAAUGCACCUUGACUUCACCUUAGCUGAGGUCAAACGGAUUGUUGGCGAUCGUGCGGGAGGCAUUGGCGGCGUCUUGCACGCCAUUUUCGAUCAGAGCACAACUCUGGAGGCCGCACUCGAUGGGCCGACGCCAGCCCGACCCCACGUUGCCCGGAUCUUACAAACGAGCUACACACUCGUUUUAACUACGAUCAAGGCCCUUCCUCGUUCUGAGGGCGGACAGGACGCUCUUCGGGCAGUGUGGUGGGCGACGUUCAUCCCCACCUUGACACAGGUGGGCGGAAGCGCGCUCAUCGACAUUCCGGCGGCGGACGCGGCUCGUGUUUUCGAGGUUGCGGUGUUCGCGUUGGCUCGCCCUGAGCCACUAGCUGCCGUUGCCAACCACCUCAGCGCCCAGUAUGGUGUUCCGGUCACCGCUAAUGACGUGCGCGACCUCGUCGAGGCAGUAGUUGGCGCUUCGCGCGUCCUUGUUGCCGAACGCUGGGGGAAGGGCAAGGGAAAGAAGUACUGACGCGAGAGGAGGAGGCGACCGCGUGCGACGUCACGACAUUGUAAAGUGAACAUUGACCCAAGAGACGCGCAAUGCAUUGUAUAAAG